AUGUCUUCGAGUAUCCAGUCAGCCUCAAGGAGCAAAUUCUAUCAGAAUUCAGAAGUUCUACAAGUUCUGCAAAACUAUCCACUCUGCUCUGUGUAUGCUUUUAUGAGAGGCAGAAGUGCCAUGGCAUCUAAGUGGUUGGCAUAUGACUUCCCACCUGAAGUCAGGGAAAAGCUUAAACAUCAGUGGGGAUCAGACUGGAAGGGUCAAGCACAGAAGUGGUUUCUUCUUAAAUUCACUGGGAAGGAUGAAGAAAUCAAUCUUUUGGGUGAUGGGACCGAGAAAGCUGAGUUUGGCGAGUGGUCAUGGAUAUCUCCAGAACAAAAAGUUGAGCUUGCAGUGUAUUUUAAUAAGCCUGUUUACAAGGAAGUUAUGAUAGUUUUUGCUCCAUAUCUUCAGUAA